GCACAAGCAGCAGAAGAUGGAUAACUGAAGACUAGAGUGAGGAGAUUCAAACAGAGUGAAACUCAGCAACCUGUGCCACUACCCCUUGGAUAAACUGGGGCACUAAGAUGCCCAAAAGUGAUACCUGGCCAGGUGGCAUUGGAUUGGAGACAAUGAACGGCAUGGACAGUGCUGGCAGCUGUGACAGCGUCGUCAGCGCCAACUCUGGCUUUAGUGAUGAUAGUCUAGAGCAUCUGUCUGCUGAAGAGAAGGCCUGCCUCAUGUUUUUGGAGGAGACUAUUGAGUCUUUGGAUACUGAGGAGGACAGUGGACUGUCCAAUGAUGAACCGGACCAACUGCCGUGCCCUGGCAACCUCGCUAACAAACUGGCUGACCUGUCCGCCUCCAUGAACAAGAGCAAGAUCAGCGGUUCACAGAAACAUGCGUCAAAGGAACCCACAAAGGAAACUGUUGACACCAAGCACCUGCAGAGCUACCUGGUUCCUACACCGUUUGUUGUGGCGAACAGCACCCCAUGCUCUCUACCCAAUGCAAAGCCGGGUAUCCCUCCAGAAAAAAACAUCACCUCCAAGUCUCGCUUCACUCCUUCAAGCAACAAACCGGAUCACAAACACAACCAGAAACCUGCAGCUCCCCAAGUACCUUUAGAGGUAAAUGUGAUGCCUCCUCCCACCAAACCAAGGGACUUCUCAGUUGGGACAGCUGAAGGUUUACCCAGAGGUCCUCUGUCCUAUGAGGCACUUGUUUAUCUGCGGAGGAGUGCCUCCACAAAGAAGACGCCUCUGUGUCCCAAAAUUGAUCAUACUAUUGAUUUGGAAAAGCACCUUCCUAUCACAGAGGAAAGCCCAAAAUUUGGGAUUCUGCCAAGAUCGGACAGAUCCCACUUUUCCCAGGUUUCUAAGCCGAAGAUCGAUCCUCCGGUUGUGGCCCCCAAACCCAAAAAGAUUCCUGCCAACAUAUCUGUGAAAACACAAGAUAACGCAUUGAAAACCUCAGACCCCUCGUACAAUAUCAAGAAUGCAAAAGAUCCCAAGGUGGUGAGACUGGAAGCUCUGCAGAAGCUGGGUCUCCUGAAAGACCCAGAGCCAGAGGAUGACACAGUAGCCCCACUGUCUCCUCCUAAAUCUCAAUCCUCUCUGGAACCAACACACAGCAGACACACAAGAGGUCCAUCUAGUGCUAAUCCAUCAAGAAGCCCAUCGUUCUGUCAUUCCCAAGUGCCCACAGAGCCCAAGAUCAAGCCUCUGCAGAGCAGUGCCAGUUUCCACCACUACUCCAGACGUGACCAGCAGCCUGUCUCUGCAUCACACCCCACUCAAUCCAACAAACUGAAGGCAGCUGGUCUGGAGCGCUCUGCUACCCUGGACAACCACAGAAAUGGUGCAAACUCUCAGCCUGCAGCCAACAAACCCUCAAACUCAGUGGGGUACACAGUGAUGGUGGUGCCUGGGAUGGGGGCUGAUCGGAAAGAAGCACUCAGAAAGCUUGGACUGCUCAAAGACUAA